CGCCCGUGGAUUCGAUGGAUUUGGUCACGACUUUCUGCUUCUGCGUUUGCUUCUCAGCUCAAACGAAAUCUUUCCCAAAAUCCCAUUCUUUCGAAUUUCAGUCUCAAACUCUAGGGUUUUAGUCAAUCCACGUGUCGAAAUGUUGGGUGGGUUGUACGGAGACCUUCCUCCACCCUCCGAUGACGAUAAGCCAACCACCACCACUGCUAACGUCUGGUCCACCGCCGCCAAGAUGGCGCCGCCCACUCUCCGCAAACCCUCAUCGAUUUUGGCGCCACCACAAACCAUCCUCAAAUCCCAAUCCAAGCCCAAAACCCUAAAUCCCCAAACCAAAGGCCAAAACUCCCCAAUAAUCCUUCCGUCCCCCGUCAAUGCCACGUCAGCUCCCCCUCAAACGGCCCUCGUCGGCGUCACAUCCACCGUCAUCGAAGAGUACGAUCCCGCCCGACCCAACGAUUACGAAGAAUACCGAAGAGAACGGAAAAGAAAACAAAUGGAAGCCGAAAUGAGGAGGGAAUUGGAGAGAAGACGGCAAGAGGAAGAAGAAAGAGAGAGGAGAGAAAGAGAAGAAAGAGAGCGAGAACGGGAAAGAGAGCGGGAUUUGUCUUCCAGGGUGAAUAUUUCUGGAGAGGAAGCGUGGAAGAGACGCGCAGCUAUGAGCAGUGGGGGUGGAGGGGUGCCAAGGUCUCCGUCCCCUCCGGGGAAUGGGGAGGGAGGUGGGUUUAGUAUAGGGAAGUCUGAGACGAGUGGGUUGGGAGUUGGGGCGGGAGGGCAAAUGACUGCUGCGCAGAGAAUGAUGGCGAAAAUGGGGUGGAAGGAGGGCCAGGGGCUUGGAAAACAGGAGCAGGGGAUCACGACGCCUUUGAUGGCAAAAAAGACUGAUAGGAGAGCCGGGGUUAUCGUGAAUGCCAGUGAGAACAAAGCCGAGAAGAAGGUUAAGAGUGUCAACUUCGAUGGGAUGCCUACCCGGGUUUUGCUCCUGCGUAACAUGGUUGGUCCUGGUGAGGUAGAUGACGAUCUAGAAGAGGAGGUUGGAUCUGAAUGUGCAAAGUAUGGAACAGUUACACGGGUUCUCAUAUUUGAGAUUACAGAACCAAAUUUCCCAGCUGAUGAGGCAGUGAGAAUAUUUGUGCAAUUUGAAAGAUCCGAAGAGACAACAAAAGCAUUAAUUGACCUUGAUGGUCGGUUUUUUGGUGGUAGGGUGGUGCGUGCCUCAUUUUAUGACGAGGAAAGAUUUGGUAAAAACGAGUUGGCUCCAAUGCCUGGGGAGAUUCCAGGUUUCACCUAAGUAACAGGAAGUUGUUUGUGAUUGCAAGGCAAAUUUCUCUCUGGACUUUGAUGAUAAAUUUACUUCUAGGACUAAGAUAUGGUUUUCAUUUAAACAGAUUGAUGAAAUUUGGCACUGCUGUGAGUAGAGCAUUCAGACCAGGAGUAGCUUUUACUUUGUUUUCUUUUCUCUCUGGCAGUUGGUUGGAAUUAUGCUUUUGUAACAAAUUACAAUUGUGUCAUGGGUUUAUCCAUCCAACCAAUAUGGGUAGGUCCCGGUUAUCCCAAAAAAAAAAAACAUAUGGGGCAUUUUUAUCAACUUUCAGCAAAGUUGUUUGCCAGGAGUUCUACCAAGUUCAGUGUGGUACUCUAGUUGAGUUAGGAUUAAUCAAAAUGAUAUUGUUUUGAUAUGUAUUAAUUAAAAUGAUAUCAUUUUAACAAAUUUGAAUUGA